AUUUAUCCGAUCCGAACAACCUAAUCCAGUGUCAUUCACUAUUUUUUUUUCAAUCCACCAUUUUUCUUCUUUAUCCUUCUGUUUAUGAUAGUAAAAGGUUAUCUAUCUAUGGGUUAAAUUAAGUCUAUGUUAUGUUUUAAUCAUUUUUCAAAUCCAUUUCCAUUUGACUUUGUUUUCGUUUGGAUUCAAAGUUGUUUCGUUUUGUUGGGUGUGAAGGUGUGUGAGGGGUUUCGAAGAGCAUAAUAUAAUGCCUUCGGUGCCUAUUGAAUUUCUUCUUCAUCAUUUAGUUCCUUCUGUAACCAUUUUUCAUUAUGGAUCCUCCUCUCAUCGUCUGAAACCUCUUCAAAAAAGUGAUCGGCGUGGUAAUCUUAGUUAACACAAGGAUUUUCGUUUUUUUUGUUGUCUCAUUUCUGUGUCGGUUUGAUUUAUUUUUAUUUUAUCCUAGUUGUUGUUGGUUUUGUUCUAUACGAGUUUGGAGUUGAUCUGCUGAAGAAUUUGGGAUCUUGGGAUUGUUUUGUUUUGUUCCUGCUUUGAGGCUGUUGCAGCUUUAAACUUCGUCUUUUAAGUACUUAAUAGGCUGAUACACUCGAUGGAAGUGUGCUCUCCUGUUAAUGACUUGCACGAGAACUGCGUAAGUAAUGUUGAAAGUGCUUUUAGUGAGGCAUUACAUAUACACGAUGCUGAUAAAUCUGACCAUGAGUCUGAGGGGAAUGAGAUCUGCAAUGUAGCAAAAGAAAACUUAGGUGUGGUUAUUAAACAGAAAGAAACAAAACCGAACAUGGCGUGUUUGCAAAGGUCUGCAACCUUUCCAGUUCCUCAGGUGAUGUUGCCUUCAAGCUCUUCUGACGAGGAGGCAGAUACCUCAGUUGAAGAAUCACCCUCUACGCAAUCUGCUCAUCAAACUUACUCUCGUUCAAUAUCUCUGCCUGCUCCUUCGAAUCUUAAAUCUGCCAUGAAAGGUAGUCGUGAUAAAAACGGGGAAAACCAUAUGAAAUUGACUGUGAAAUGGGCCCCGGAUGUGUAUGAUCCAAUACCUACAUUAGUGUCACACACUGUCAAAAACAAGAAACAGCAGAAAUCCCGGAAGAAGAAAUAUGAAAAGAAAAAUGGAAAGAAGGGUCAGAAGGGAAAUUCUCCUCGAGGGGGAAGUGGCAAAGAUAAGAAGCAGUUUCAUAACGUUGGUGAGCAUUCUUCUGAUCUUUGCUAUAAGUCGUUGAAUUCUCAAGUUAUUGAAGGUUCCUCUGAAUUAGACUCAGCUGAUGUUUGUAGCCAAGAUUCGUAUUGCGGAAGUAGUUUCUUGAAAAAAUCAGUUACAGAAAUGCACUUCUCAGUUGCAGAAGCGCAAUGAGUUAAAUGUUUUGAAUGUGUUAUUCUAUGUCCUUCUAUGUGCAUAAAUAAAAUGUCGUCAUGGUGUUAGCUUGUGUAUAUGGUCAGAAGGCAUGGGUUUGUAUUAACGUGAUGCAUUUGUGUGUAUAAUGUAGAACAAGCUUUUUGGAGUGGGGUAUUUUCUAGUUUUGUUGCUUUUUUGGAGUUGUAUAAAGAAAGCUUUUAGAUCCACCGAAUCUAUGUCAAAAUGUCAUUGUUAUUUGAAGCUAAAGUUGUUCAGUUUGUUCGACCGUGCUGCAGUGUAUGCAUCUAUCUACUUCACAAAUAAAAUAUUAUGCAAAUGCAUUAUUUUUAUCGAUAA